AUGAAACCAGAAAACCAAACACAGAUUUCUCAGUUUAUCCUAUUGGGGCUUUCAGAAGAGGCAGAGAUACAGCCCCUCCUCUUUGGACUGUUCCUCUCCAUGUACCUGGUCACCUUCACUGGGAACCUGCUCAUCAUCCUGGCCAUCAUCAAGAACUCCCACCUCCACACACCCAUGUACUUCUUCCUCUCCAACCUCUCGUUUGCAGACAUUUGUUUCACCUCCACCACUGUCCCAAAGAUGCUGCUGAACAUUCAGAUGCAAAAUAAAGUGAUAACCUAUGAAGAAUGCAUCAGUCAGAUUUUUUUUUUCAUGAUUUUUGGAGGAUUAGACCAUUUUCUCUUGACAGUGAUGGCAUACGACCGAUUUGUGGCAAUCUGUCACCCGUUACACUACACAAUUAUCAUGAAUCACAAGUUCUGUUGCCUCCUGCUUCUGGCCUCCUGGUUAUUACUUGUUCUGGACUCUCUAUUACAUGUCUUAAUGAUUUUACGACUAUCUUUUUGUACAGAAUUAGAAAUCUCCCACUUUUUCUGUGAAUUUAAUCAAGUAAUCCAACUUGCUUGUUCCGACACUUUCCUCAAUGCCUUGGUGAUGUAUUUUGCAACUGGACUUUUGGGUAUUAUUCCACUUUCUGGGAUACUUUUCUCUUACAGUAAGAUUGUAUCUUCCAUUUUGAAAAUUUCAUCAGCUGAUGGCAAGUAUAAAGCCUUUUCCACUUGUGGGUCUCACCUCUCAGUUGUUUCCUUGUUCUAUGGUACAUCUCUUGGAGUUUAUCUUAGUUCUGCUGCUACCCCAAACUCCAGGGCCCCUGCAAUAGUCUCAGUGAUGUACACUGUGGUCACCCCCAUGCUAAACCCCUUUAUCUACAGUCUUAGAAAUAAUGACAUAAAGCAGGGCCUAAGAACACUUCUCAACUGA